AUGCUCCCAACACCUGGAGCGGAUGGCAGGAGUCAUGGAGUGCAAGCCACCAGGGUGCCUCGUUCAUCAGUACACAAAAAGUCUACGGCACAGACCUAA